CGAAAACAUGUCAGGUCUCGAAGUAGCAGGCCUAGGGGUUGGAAUACUACUUCCACUAGUCGUUGAAGCUGUGAAAGGAUAUUCGACGACCCGCAAGCAACUAAAGACAUAUCGCGCAUACUCAAACGAAGUCCGAAGGCUCUACGACCAUUUCGGUAUCCAGCGAGACAAUUACCUCAACGAAUGCCAACUACUCCUGCAGGAUCUUGUAGGGGAUGAUGUGGAGGACAUGCUGGAAGACUGCAGCCACGAUCGAUGGAAAGAUAGAGAUCUCGCCGAAAGAAUUAAGAAGAGACUGGAGAAUAACUAUGACAACUGUGUCCGGAUCAUGAUGGCUGUUAAAGAGGCUUUGGAAGAGGUGGCUGAAGAACUGAAACCUUUCGAAGUUUUGUUGUCUGAAAAGGAACAGGGAGAGUCCUUUAAAAGCACCAUCAAACGCCUCAGAAAGAGAAUUUUGAUCCCAUUCCGAAAGCCCGAGCUUGAAAAGGAAAUAAACACACUCAAAAGCUUGAACGAGGACUUCGCUGUCCUGCACUCUUACAUCAGACGCUUCCGUCAGCAGAGGCGCGAGUUUCGAAGCAGUGCUUUGAUCCAACAAGAAAAAUUGCCCAAGCAAUAUGGCGCCGUCCAGAAUGCAGCUCGAACACUGCAUGAAGCGUUAAUGACAAGUUGGCGUUGUGACAAUCCAAUGCAUAGCAAGCAUGGUGCGAUUCUAUGCCUCCAAGCUCAGCCAUCGCAUAACAAUAGAGUGUCAUUGGAUAUGGCUAUUUCUUUCGAGCAGAGCGCAGUUGCAUGCUCCAGUUCCAAUGCGGUUGAGCCACUUCUGUGGUUACAGAUACAAUCAAGCAUUAUUAAUGUGCCGACAGCAGCUCCUAUUCAGGGUCGUAAACAUCUCCAGAAGUUGACGGACGCUCUGCAGAAUGAAAGUUCGACCCUGAAUCUUUCUUCCAAGCGUUCAAAAACAGAGGCCACGAGUGACGUGGAAGAACCGAAGAAACGGAAAAAGGCCGUGAGGUUUGCUGAUGGAGCAUCUGAUGGACCAGUGCAGCCUCUUGGUGCCCCUACAAAUACUGACUCGAUCCAUGUCGACAGUUCAGCAAGACAGCUCAAAGACUUGCGUAAAGAACACGACAUAUGCCAACAUUUGAAAAAGAGCAUAUGUGUUCCAAGAGAUGGUUCAGAGCACUGCGUACAUUGUCUCGGUUUCCUAGAAACGCCCUUGAAGGCACAGCACCUGUUCUAUUGCCCAGGCCUGAAGACAGUAGCCGGACAGCCACUUGCCGAGCCACUGCCUCCCAACAGAUCAGUAGCAGACCUGCUCACACAGACACCGCACGAUCAGUUCGAGGCCGAUAACAAGCUUAACCUCGCGCUCCGCCUCGCCAAAGCCACACUGCAGUACAGUUCGACGCCCUGGCUGGACGAUGCAUGGUACACGCAAAACAUCUUUCUGCUCGGAAGCCAGCCCGAUUUCUCCGACGCGGCCCUGCAGACGCUACACUUGAAGGCGGACUUCCCAGACCGAGACUGUAACGGCGCCUUCGGACCAAGGCCGAUGGACUUUUCCCCCGAUCUGUCGGUGCUGGAGCUGCAAUACGGCAUCCGCAACAUGUCUCUGUUUAGUCUCGGCGUCGCCCUGAUGGAAAUUGGAAGAGAGGGCGCGGUGCACUUCCGCGAUGGCGAAGAUCAGGUUGUUACAGUGCGGAAGUUGGCACAUACGACGAAUGGGCUUGGUGCCAGGUACAAAGAGAUUAUCCGGAGAUGUUUGGAGUGUGAUUUUGGAUUCGGAAAUGAUUUAAGCAAGCCGGAUUUGCAGAACGCCGUGUACGGACAGGUGGUGUGCGAGCUGGAGGGGAUGAUGAAGAAACUUUGUAUAGCUUGAGUAAGAGUAUUCGUAAUGGAACAGAUUAACCGG